GACAGAGGAGGCUACGGGUUUGGAACUCUAGGGUCCCAGUCGUCGUGGAUUUGGCCAUUCGUCCGCUGGCGCUCCUGCCGCUUGGCGAUCAUGGCCAGCGUGGUAGCACUUUGGCGAAGGACGAGAGACUAUGUGAAGACCAAGGAGUUCCGGGAAUACCUGACCAGCACGCACUUCUGGGGUCCUGUUGCCAACUGGGGUCUUCCGGUGGCCGCCAUUAAGGACAUGAAAGCAUCACCGGACAUCAUCAGUGGUCGCAUGACGACAGCGCUCAUCUUCUACUCGAUGGCCUUCAUGCGCUUUGCCUACCGCGUCCAGCCUCGAAACUUGCUGCUGAUGGCGUGCCACGGCACCAACGUGGUGGCGCAGAGUAUACAGGCGGGCCGCUACCUAUGCCAUCACUAUGGCGGCGGCACGGAGGCGGCCCCCCCUGCCGAAGCCUACGACCCUCCGACUACCCUCUCCAAGCAGGAGGACGCCAGCCCCCCCGCUCACUGCACCGGGGAUCUUUUGAAUGGCCGAUAGGGCUUGAUCAAAUCUUUGCAGGUUGCAAACGAUGAAAAAAGACCAAUGAGACUUUGGUUUUGACUCUGAAACGGUGCGACUCUGAUUUAAACCUGCAGCUUUAUUAAUAAAAAAAAAUAGAAAAUAGCACCACACUGAA